UUUUAAACCGGUGAAAUCACAUCUUCAGUUUCGAUUGUGUAAAAUUAAUAAUCAACUAAUUGGCAAUUCGGAAGAACUGUGUUUGUUUUGUUGUUAAAGGGGAAUUGUAUGUGUGUGUGAAGAAAUUUAGUUCAUGUUUCAAUGUAAUUAUCUACUUUUUGGAAUAUACCUGUGAUCAGCAUUCUUCGGAAUGCUGCAAUAUUAAAAUCUUGGAAUGAUGAAAAGAGUGGGAUUAUCAAGAUUCAGUCCUUUGGAAGUGAGUCGCAAAGUUCAACAAUGUUUACGAUUUGAGGGCGUCAAUACAAAUGGCGACGCUGCUGCAGACGGAACCGAAGUCUUGAGCAAUACUGGCUCAGGCGAAGGUUUACCUAGUGACGCUCUCUUAGUAGAAACUCCUUGCAGUGAUGCAAGUAAUAAAAGUAAUAUAUUAAAUACAAUUAAAAGGAAAUUAAAAAAAUCAAAACGGAAUAAAAGGUGCGAUACUCGGACCAGAUCCGACUCCCUAUCGAAUGUAUGUCAGAGUCAUAGUGAAAAUUGCGAGCUUCAUGCUUGCUGCACGAAACAUUACAGGACCCGAAAGCACAAGCAGGGUGACAAAUGCAGUGUGUGGCCGGUGACAUCUUCUAUAUUACGCUGCCAGAAUCAUCAACAACUUAGUAAAAAAAAUGAUGAUGUGGCAGAACUCAUACCAAGUGUUGGCAAUAAUGAUGUGUGUUCUUGCUUUGGAAAUCGUAAGUCGGAUUGUUUGGAAGGAAUCCAAAGUAAUGUACCCUCUUGCUCAAAGACCCCACAUUCUUCUAACAGUUUGUCCGAUAUUACCUGUGAUGUUAACCCUGUUGCCUCUAGUCUUUCCCUCAAAGUGGAAUCUGAUUUAACUCGAUUGGAUGAUUGCAGCAUGCAGGUAUCAAUGAUUGAAUCUGGCCUGCCACGUGUUGGUAACUUAACUCAGGAGCUGUACAAACUUUCAAAGUAUGGCUGGUAUUGGGGACCCAUUAAUCGAAGUGAAGCAGAAUCAAAACUCGACGAUCAACCAGAUGGUGCUUUUUUAGUACGUGACAGUUCAGAUGACAGAUACAUUCUGAGUCUGAGUUUUCGCUCAUAUGGAAAGACUUUACACACUAGAAUAGAACACAGUAGUGGGCUAUUUAGUUUUUAUUCUCAGCCUGAACCUGAAGGUCAUGCAUCUAUUGUUGAACUUAUACAACAAUCAAUGUGUUAUUCUCAAUCGGGUGUGUUCUGUUAUUCUCGAAGUAGGUCACCUGGUGCUCCAUCUUUUCCUGUACGACUGACAAAACCUAUUUCAAGGUUCACUCAAGUCCGGUCACUGCAAUAUUUGUGCCGUUUCGUUAUCCGUCAAUAUACACGGUAUGAUCACAUUCAGAAAUUGCCUUUACCUUCCAGAAUAAAAGGAUAUCUUGAGGAAGGACAUUAUUAAAUACCUGUGAUUUUAAUUUUUUUUUUUUUUUUUGGUUGAAGUGUGGAAUGUUUUGUCUCUUUAAUUAAUUGAAGGUUUUAAAUGAAUUUACUUUUUAUCAUAUAAAAUCUAUUCAUAUGUGUUAAAUAGACAGUACAAAUACUGAAUAUGAAUAAUUUAAUAAUGCUAUAGCAUAUGUUGAAUUCUGAGACAAUUUUAUUACAUCAAUUUCCUCUGGCUUUUCAAUGGUUUUUGGAAGGAAAGUUAACCAUUCUGUAGAAAAAGAAAAAUAGUUUUAUUGAAAUUGUACUUGUAAACAAAUUAGCUCACUUUAUGCUGGAGUUUAGCUGUCAGUGAAGUUGUGUUGAAAUUUUAUAUGUUCUUCGAAAUAGCACAAAUCUAUGCAGUAUUGAUUUAGUGGCAAUUGCCUUGUAUUAUUUAAAGAAGCCUUAUAUAGUUAUUCCUUCUUAUAUCAAAUAUGUAUUUUAAUGAAUUUUUCAUAUUUUACCACCACUUUGCCUCACUUUUGAUGAAAACUUAAUAGAACGUUUCUGAAAUAUCUAUGUGGUUAUCAAAUUGUGAUUUGUUUUGCCUUUGAAGAUUUUUAACAAGCUAAUUUUAUAUGCGAAAAAUUUAAUUCUUUAUAUUAAAUAGUUUUGUUUUAUUGUAUUUAAAUAUAUAUGAAUUAAAAUACUUAAAAAUUUGGUCUUGAAUUUAUAGAAUUUCAAAUAUCAUUACAGAAAGUGCAAUAAUUUGAUUUUUUUAUUUCAAAGAUACAAAAAGGAUUUCGUUUUGGGGUUUUGUUAAUCAUGAUUUAAAAACUGCAGGUUUUUUUUUUUUAAACUUCUUUUUGUGAAAAUUUUUACCUCAAUCUAAUAAAUUAUGCAUUAUAUCAUUUUAUAGUUUUUUAGAAUAUAUUCAUGUUAAUUAAAUGGUGAUUAAUUGUAAUCUGCAGUUUUAAAAUUAAGUAGCAUAUCUUUUAGUGGGUCAUCAGAAUGCUAAAAAGUUGCAAAUCUAUGCCAUGAUACCAAACUGCCUUAAAAAUGCAUGAAUUUAUUAUUUUUUGAUAAAUAAUAAUUUCAAUUUAUAUCAUAUUAACUUAAAUACUGUUUUCCUUGUAAGUGCUGUGGCCAUCAUUAUAUAAAAAAAUACAUAUUUUCUAUAAAAUAAUGAAUAUUUCUCCUAUAUAUAACAUUUAACUUUUAAAUUGUUUUCCAUGUAUUCAUAUAUUAUGACUUAAUAAAUUUUUCUUGUGGUUUUAUGAUAAUUAAUCUCAUACUUACUUCCUCCAUAUUUUUUCUUUUUUACUUUACCUCAGAAUUCAUGAAUAUUAUUAUUAAGAAAUUUAUUGCUUGUAAUGUAUAAAUUCAUCAUUAUAUUACCAGACUGUUUUGUUCCGAGAAAUAUUAAAUUACUAGAAUUUAUUUAAUUACUUUUCUUCAUUCUCUGUCUCUCUUUUUCUCCUUGGUGUUUAUUGAUUUUGGCAGAAAGAGGUAAAAGAAUUUCGUAGUUAUUCUCUAUUGAUUUUUUAUGGUGAUAUAGGUAUCAUUUAUUUUCAACCAAAUUUAUUUGAUAUUAUUUUAAAACUUGUUUUGUUCUGAUUGUUUUUAAUUGCAAUUUUGAUACAAAUUUAUGGCCAUAAAGUAUAUGUUGCUCUUAUUUGGCAGUCAAGAAUUAGCCGUUUGAGAAUAUACAAUAGAUUGUUAAAAUUGCUCAGUUAUAUAACUUGUAAUGUAAUAAUUUAAACAUUGCAUUAAUAAAUUGACUUUUGUGUUAAAAUACUGUAAAAAUACCAGAACUUAUUUUAAUUUACUGUUACUUUCAAUCCAAGAUAUAUUCAUUAUGGGAUUUU